AUGUCAGCAGCACAGCCGCCAUAUCCCUCAAGUACACCUGGUCCACCCGAAGGCCCCGGCUCCCGACAAUACAGCGCCGAUGCUACCAUCUUGCUAGUUGGUUUUUUUGGAGCCGGCAAGAAAACCCUAGGACUAAUUGCCUCCGUUGCUCUUCGUCGACGCUUUGUUGACUUCGAUGAAAUCUUCCGGGACCAAAUGCAGUAUUCACCUCAAGAGUUUAUUGCAGACCAUGGAUUCAAACGAUAUCGCGAGGUAGAGAUAGAGGUGUCUCAACAUGUUCUCACAAAUUAUCAAACUGGUUGUGUCAUCGCUGGCCUUGGGUUCGCAUCCAGUCCGUCUCAGCGGCAGUUAUUGACCACCUUUGCACAGCACCAUCCCAUUGUGUAUGUGCGGAGAAGCAAAGCAGAGCUUCAACAUUUUAUCGGAAUGAACCCGCAUACUUUUGACCAUAUCUUUGAAUUCGAGAAUGCCUUCUUCGAGUCAUGUUCAAACUUUGACUUUUUCAACAUCACGCAAGAGCCGAGCCAACAGGCCGAGAGUCAGAUUCACACAUCACUCAAACUGAAGGAGGUUGAACGCAUCUUUGUGGCCUUUCUACAUCGCAUAUUUGGCAAUCCACGCAAGCAGCUCUUCUCUGCCGAUCCUUUUUCUGCGACUCAUACAUACGCCCUUGAUUUGUCAUUGAAACAGCUUGAGACGGAUCUAGACCUCGAACUUUUGGAUGCAGGCGCCGAUGCCAUUUAUCUCACAUUGAGUCGUGAGGAAUAUAGUCGCGAUGAUAUACUGGUUAGCCUGUCACGCUAUAUGACCAUUCUCAGGAAGCACACCCGUGUUCCGAUAAUUCUUGAUGCACGAACAGAUCCAGAGAAAGACUCGACAGGCUACUUGGAAUUCUUGGAAACAGUAGCACUACGGGUAGCUCCUGAUGCUUUCACUUGUCUGCUCUGGAACAAAGAUAUUGUUCGGCGAAUUUAUGCUACGAAAGGUCACUCCAAAAUGAUUGCCCUAUGCCACCAAGUGGGCCCCCUAGGGGUUGAAAUGUCAUGCUCCGAAAUUUCUAAUCUUCGGGUGUGGCUCAAAGACUUUGGUUUCGAAGCUCUCCGCAUUACCGGUCAACAGGCAGUUGCAGAAGACGCACUUGCAUGUGUUGCCUUUCGCCGAAUGUUGACAGAUGCCCUCAAUAUUCCAGUUAUUGCAUACAAUACCGACCCUGAGGAGCGAGCUUCCAUACUCUUGAACCCGACUUUAUCUCCGAUACGGGUCAGUCCUGGUCAAGGCUCUAUAAUCUCUCUGCGAGACACCCAGCAAGCGCUAAGCUCUCUGUCUCUACGUCCUAACAAAUUAUAUAAGAUCGUGGGUCAAGAUGUCCGUCAUAGUCUGUCACCAGCAAUGCACGAUGCAGCCUACGCCGCCUGUGGUCUCCCCCAUAGGUAUGACUACCAGGAGAUCCAAAACUUCCGCGAAAUUGAAGUCAUGUUGAGAGUGCCAUCUUUUGGUGGCUUUCUUGGUGGUUUGAUCAUUUCACUACCAUUCAAAAAUGAUGUUUUACCCUUACUCGACGAGAUCAGUCCCGACGCAAGGGACAUUAAUGCAGUAAAUACUGUGGUACUGGAGCACAAAGUUCAGCCGAGCGGAGUGAGAACUCCCUUUUACCGUGGAUACAACACGGACUACAUCGGAAUCAAAGAUUGUGUUCACAGUCACCUCUCUCCAGCAAACGCCAUUCGAGGUGGCAGUACAGCUCUGAUCAUAGGCGCCGGUGGGAUGGCUCAUGCUGCUGUCUACGCUUGCUAUCAAUUAGGAGUUCGGCAGAUAUUCAUUUACAACAGAACUCUUUCUAACGCACAAAAGCUGGCUGGUUACUACAAUGUAUGGGCGAGAUCAAAGGGUGACAAGAUCUUCCAUUUGGAUGUCCUUCAGUCAAUAGAGGACGCCUGGCCAUCGGACUUUCGUCUUCCAACAAUCGUCAUUUCAUGCAUUCCUGGGAGGCAUGUUGGCACUCAAUCGCCUGUCGUCUUCCAAGUCUCUGAUACGUGGCUUCGAAGUCCAACGGGAGGAGUAUUCGUUGAGGUUGGUUAUGGUCCAUCGAAGACCUCGUUGAUGGAGCAGAUGACUCCGUGGUCAAUGAAAGGAUGGGUCAUCGUUGAUGGAUUGAAGGUUCUUGUCAAACAGGGCAUUACCCAAUACGAACUCUUUACCCAGAGACCAGCUCCUGUGCACGUCAUGCGGCGAGCCGUUCAAGAAGAAGCCAUCAAAAAAGGGUACUUCCAUAUGUGGUAA